CGUCUCAGCGGAGCCGUCGGGGCCCCGGGAACGGCCCGCGGAGCGCGGCGGGGAGCGGGCCGCCUCCCCCUUCGCCUGCCGUCCCCGCGCGGAGGAUGAGGAGUCCCCACCGCCGAUCAGUAGAAAUAUGCAUUUCCAUAAUACCACCUUUGAACUAAUGAAGUGGAAGUACAGAUGAAAACAGUCUGGAGGAAGCUUGAAGUACAAUACAGUUUCAUUCAGUUUCCUAAUUCGGAGGUAUGUCUUUGAGCCCAUUUAUGAGUUUGGACACCUACAAAAAACAGUGAAGGAAACAAAGGUGGAAAAGCCACAGAAGCAUCCUUGCAGUCAAGCACCGAAUCCUGUAUUAGGCUUCGCUGAACAGGCCAAGCUUAGCAUUUGUCAAGCAGAAGGGCUGGUUGCCCUGCACAGGAAGGAUUAAAAGUGAACAAUGACUCGAUUGAGAGUUCAUGAGCAAUUGCUUGGAGCCUAUCUGCUUAUCAUUCUCCAUGUUCAAGGUCAAAAGCCAGACAGCAUGCUUCAUGGUACAGGAAUGAAGACAAAUUCUGACCAAAAGAAACAAGCAAAUGGAGUAACACUUGCUCCAGAGGACACCUUACCUUUUCUUAAAUGCUACUGCUCAGGACAUUGUCCAGAUGAUGCUAUUAACAACACAUGCAUAACUAAUGGGCAUUGCUUUGCUAUCAUUGAGGAGGAUGAACAUGGAGAACCCACGCUUGCUUCUGGCUGCAUGAAGUAUGAAGGUUCAGACUUCCAGUGCAAGGACUCACCUAAAGCGCAGUUACGCCGAACGAUUGAGUGCUGUCGCACUGAUUUCUGCAAUCAGGAUUUGCAACCAACAUUACCACCUCUUGACAGUACAGAUGGACUUUUUGAUGGCAGCAUUCGUUGGAUGGCAGUGUUGAUUUCUAUGGCAGUCUGCAUAAUAGUCAUGGUCAUCUUACUUAGCUGCUUUUGUUACAAGCAUUACUGUAAGUCAAUGGCAAAGAGGCACUGUUAUAAUCGUGACCUGGAACAAGAUGAAGCAUUUAUUCCAGCUGGGGAGUCAUUAAAAGACCUUAUUGACCAGUCACAGAGUUCUGGGAGUGGAUCAGGACUACCACUGUUGGUUCAACGCACUAUUGCCAAACAAAUUCAGAUGGUAAGGCAAGUUGGAAAAGGACGAUAUGGUGAAGUGUGGAUGGGCAAAUGGAGGGGUGAAAAAGUGGCAGUCAAAGUGUUCUUCACUACAGAAGAAGCCAGCUGGUUCAGAGAAACAGAGAUUUACCAAACUGUUCUCAUGCGACAUGAAAACAUCCUCGGUUUCAUAGCAGCAGAUAUUAAAGGCACUGGCUCCUGGACACAGCUUUACUUGAUCACGGAUUAUCAUGAAAACGGAUCAUUGUAUGAUUUUCUGAAGUGCACUACUCUGGACAACAGGGCUCUGCUCAAACUGGCCUAUUCUGCUGCGUGUGGCCUGUGCCACCUGCACACAGAAAUCUAUGGGACACAAGGCAAGCCUGCAAUUGCACACAGGGACCUGAAGAGUAAAAACAUCUUGAUAAAGAAAAACGGAACCUGCUGCAUUGCGGACUUGGGUCUUGCAGUCAAGUUCAACAGUGACACAAAUGAAGUUGACGUUCCCUUGAACACCAGAGUGGGAACAAAACGUUACAUGGCUCCAGAAGUCUUGGAUGAAAGCCUGAAUAAAAACCAUUUCCAGCCAUACAUCAUGGCUGACAUCUACAGUUUUGGGCUGAUCAUCUGGGAAAUGGCUCGGCGCUGUGUCACAGGAGGUAUUGUUGAAGAGUACCAGUUGCCAUAUUAUGACAUGGUGCCAAAUGAUCCAUCCUAUGAGGACAUGAGAGAAGUGGUGUGUGUCAAACGCCUACGCCCAGUGGUAUCGAACAGAUGGAACAGCGAUGAAUGUUUAAGAGCAAUAUUGAAGUUGAUGUCUGAGUGCUGGGCUCAUAAUCCUGCCUCAAGGCUCACUGCCUUGAGGAUCAAGAAGACACUUGCCAAGAUGGUGGAAUCACAAGAUGUAAAGAUUUGACAUAGGAAAUUGACUUUGGAGAGCAAAGCUGGACUCCCUAGAUCUUUUCACUCAGACAUGAGUGAGGAAGAUGAAAAUAGAGAAGAGGAAAUAACUGAGAUUCAGUAUAUUUUCUCAGCACACUUCUACAGGCUGCUAAUGAAAUCUUUCAGUACUUCAUAGACCAUGAUACUGAGAGCCUCUAUACACUAUGUGCUAAAUAUAUGGACAGCCUUGAGAAAAUACACAUUUUGUUUUGGUUUGAGCUGCAUUGAGACUUCAAUCAUACUUAGUGAGUCUCCAGUAAAACUCUGGGUACUGAAUUGAAUGUUCAGAUUACAGUGCUUUCUGUGAAAGCCUAACAAGCUAUAUGGAUUCAACAGAGAUGGAGAAUAUAAGCUUUUGGGUUUUUUUUUUGCCUUCUACCUGAUAAAACCUAGUCAAUCCAUACCAAGUUUUGGUGAAACAGCCUGUAGGUUAUUAAUCUGUUUGUGAUACUACUCAGUUUAACAGUUCUUUAUGCCUUUAUGUGUGUGCCAGGAUUAUUUUGCUGUCAUUUGGAAUAUAUAAGAAACAUUUAAAUGAACAAAGUUUUAUGGUCAGGGCUCCAUGCAUUUUAUGGCUCCACAGUCAGAGAUUUGCUGCUGAAUCUUUUGCCAUUAAGUUAUCUUGUGAAAUCUCAGUUUUAAUUUUUUUUUUCUGGUCACAAGGAGAACUGUAAAAAUUGUGAACCAUUAAUUAAUUAAGAAAUGCCUACCUAAAUCUGUAAGGAGCUUGAAACAAUCUUUUCUAGAGACGUAGGCUGCUUUGGUCAUCUCACUUGCAGUCUAGAGAGAGCUUCAUAAUUGGAUCCCUGAUAUUUGUCAUAUUUUUUCACAGUGCCACAUGCAACCAGCAUUUUUGCCAUAGAAUACUUUACAUCUUAGCAGAAAGACUGAUGAUGUGUUUUGCCUUCCUGCUGUAUUGGGACUCUCUGAUAGGUGUCUGUCAGGCUCUGAAUUUCUUCCCACAAAGGAAGGGAUUUGUCAGCUGUAGCCACGUGCUCUUUCAUCAUUUGACAAAACUAGGCAGAAGGUGAGUUUCAAAAGGCUUGAGAACAAGUCUGGUCUACAGACACAAAAAAACGCAGGAAGCUCUCAGUGCUCUGAAGAUCAGAGAAUGCAGUAAAGGGUCAAGACCAGGAGAAGUGAGUACGUGAACGGUUGAAGAUCAGAUCCACAGUGUGCAGAAGAUUUGGAACUGGGUUGCUCUGAUGUAGACACAGGAGGCCACAUCUGUGUGCCACUUAGUGAAAGUGAAGAUUUGAGACAAGGUAAAUCAGUGGGUGUUGUAAGUUCUAGUUAAGUGUGGGAGGAAUGGCAUUGAAAUUAAAUCAUGAAGAUACAGUAAGUUAGCACAAUUGUAAAACUUGGGUUUAUUGUGCCAACUGUUCAACCUGCACGAGAAACUGAAGUUCCCCCAUUUUCACCACUGACCCACACAAGGUGUAUAGAAGCCAGAACCCUCCGUGAGGUUACUGUAAAGUAGAAUUAUUGAUUUAUAACUCCUUUGGCACUUCUACUUGCAAGUUAGAAAAUAGUACCAUAACUCAAGUUGAAGCUUCAAGCAUGAAUCAUCUGAAGAUUGAACACACAGUAUUGGAACCAUUGAAUCUAUUUGAUAAUUUAAGUGCCUAUAAUUUUGUACUGUAAAUCUUGUUCUAAAUAACUUUAAAAAGGGAAGUUAUUUACACAGUGUGCUUUAGUAAAAAAAAAAAACAAACAAUAAAUACCUAGUCCUAGGUACAUCUGUACAAUUAGAUAUAUGCACACGCACACGCCAUAGUUGAGAUUUGAAGAAAAAAGUUAAGAAUAAUACCAGAAUUGAUGAAAUUGUUAAAACUUCAGAUUGAUUUAUGCCGGAUUAUUUGUUGUCUUAAAAUAUUUGCAUAGAGAUUGUUUUGAUAUGUUUAAAUUUCCCUUGAAAACACAACUGAUACAAAGCAGUAUAACACAGAAAUAAUGUGAUUUGUGAACAAUUACAACCUUUUUAGCAUGUUACCUUUUUGUUUUAAUCCUGUAGUUCCCAUAAUGUAAAUGGUCAGGCAAAAGAUUGCAGUAUUUUUAUUUUCUAUUGUGAUGUACAGACUUUAUUUAACAGUUCUACAUAUUUUAUAGAAAACUAGCUAUUUCAAGGGACUUUUUUUUUUAAUAAAGUCAUUACUUUUGUUUAGUAAUGCCUUUAAGUAUUAAUAUGUAUUCUGGCUGAGAAGUUCAUAGGUAUGUCAACUUUAACUUAUUUGAAAACAGCAAGAGAUUUAUGAUAUUGUGCCACAAUCCUCAUGAUAAAGGGCUUUUAAAAAAAAAGUUUCUCCGUCCAUUGCCAAGAAAUACAUGAUGAUUUUGAAAUUGUUAAUCAUGUCUUCGCACAUAAUUUUUGCACAGGUAGUUGUAAAAUUUUUGGUAUAAUCCAAAAAAAGUAAGGGUUAAGCUUUUUUUUUUUCCUUCUCUAGAAUUUUUAUCAAUAAGAAGGAAAAAAUGUUUAUGUAGGUACCCUGCUAACUUAAACUUUCGGAGCAUGGAGAUCUGUCUAAAUUAACCCCGUCCUAUGUAGAAUAUUGUGUCAUUUCUUUUAGAAUUUGCCACAUCAUCAUUUGCUGUAAACAUGUUUUGUGAAUUUUUUUUUAGUUCAUUUUUCCCAGCUCUUCAGGAAGCCCCUUCUCGAAGUAUGAAUUUCAAUAACUUAUAAAUUUUCACUUAUUUUCUUUUCCAUUGUUUAGGUAUUUGCAAGGCAGCAAUAGGAUGGUUAGACACCUUAGGACCUAAAUUGAUUUUCAAGUUUGCUUUAACAUGGAGGGAGCCAACUGCUACAAAGAUGAUUUUUUGAGAGGGAAAAAAAAAAUCUUUUUUGCCUUAAACCUAAUUUAUCAGCACUUCAGUUACUCUGUUCAUACUCAAAUGUAUCAUGCAUGUGUAGUUCUUGCUGUGCUGAGCAGCAGCUUCAUUGAUUCCGAUACUCAACAAAACAUUAACACCACAGGAUGUCUAUACUGAUACUUAAUCAUUUGGGGGAAGAAAAAUGUACUCUUAAGCCAGCCCAUUAAUUUUUACUUAACUAAACAUAAUUAAUUACCUUACUCCAAAGGUAAGUUGUUGCUUCAUGCAAUCCUGUACAGUUAGAAGCCUUUAAGGUAAGGUUAGAGAUGGUAAUAACAAUCUUCUAUUGGACUGUGAUUAAUCUCAUUUUUGGUGGUCAGAAUUUUAAGCAUUUGUCAUUCAAAAAAAUAUCCUCCAAAACUGAUAAAUGUGGGUUUUUUUUAAUACAAAAAUCAACUGUGUGGAAAAUACAUUGGGGAGUAUCAAGACUGUGCCUUGGAAGUUCUUAAACACUCAGAUGGAGGGAUUUUUAUGUUUAUUGAACCUGUUCCAUGUGAUUUUAGAUGGAAAUAAUUGGAGUCACUUCAUUAUUAUUGUUACAGCAACUAAAAGGAAAGUUUUUGUGUUCCUGGUUAACUUGUAAAUUCCACCAGAAAUGUGGUAUUCCUACAGAGAAAAUUAGGCUUACAUUCUGAGUUUAUUCUGGUUUUUACUUAAUGUAAUUUUUCCUCAAGAAACAGUUUUCCCAAUAUCCAUCACUUCUUCUGAAUUAUUUACUUAAUUAGCCUUUUUUGAGGUCUUGAAUGAAAUGUAAAAUUAAUAUUAUGUUACCUCCAUAGUAGUCUAGAAUCAAAUUUUAGAUCUUGAUCUAAAUGACCAUUUGAAUGUGUUUAUAAAACAAAUAAUUUGGAUACAUUUCAUCUACUCUGUCUUAACAGACUGUAUUUUAAUGGUCUAAAAGUGUUUGAAGAGCAGAGAUAAAAGUUAAUAAACAUUCUUUUGCUAUUGCAGAUAUUUUUAAAGGGAAGUUACAUGCUCAUCUUCUGUGAAAUAUUAAAAUGAUUUAGCCUUUGCUCCUUCUCCUGACAGUGCCUCUGAGUUAAGUCUUUAUCCUGUGCCCACAGUCUUUAUUCCAAGUAGGGGUGAUGUCUAAAAGCAGCUGGCAGUGUUGCACAGUACAGUCCUUAUGGAACCAUGGUGCUCAGCCUUGGUUGUACAGCAGAAGUAGAGGGCACAUUACUUCUGAUUUUUCAACAAAUCUAAUGUAAUUGUUGCUUUGUGAUAUUUUACUGUUUAAUGCAAUUAUAGAAGCCCACACCAUGUAGUGAUAUUUGUGCUCUGACAUGACAUGCCCAAAAUGAAAUGUACUAUAUUGUAUACAAGAAGAAUAAAUAACAUUGUAGUUAACCUAGAGAAGAUGUAAAUAAAAUAUGAAAAAAGAGUGGAACAAGACAAAUGGUCACACUCUUGUGUGUGUUAUAUGCCAGAAGUGUAGAAUACUACUUUAAAAAUGUAACACACUAAUGUAUUUUGUACAGCAUCUGCUUUAGAAGGUGCCUUAUUGAGUUUACCAUGAAUUGCUUGUUCUGUACACAGAUUAUGUCCAAUGUAUCAUUUUUAAGUAAAUAACCUUAUUUUAGUA